AUGUGCAAUAUGGACAAGACCAACGUGGCUUUUAAUAUUUUUAAUGAGUUACGGCUGGAGGGGCAGCUCUGUGAUGUGGUCAUCAAAGUUGAUGGGGUUGAGUUCAAAGCUCAUAAGAAUAUCCUGUGUGCAUUCAGCUCCUAUUUCCGUGCUCUGUUCACCAGUGGCUGGAACAACUCAGAGAAGAGUGUGUAUACUAUCCCUGGCACCACUCCUGAGAUGAUGAGGCUGAUUAUUGAGUUUGCCUACACUGGAGCUCUCCCUGUCACCGAGGACAAUGUGGAGAGACUCCUGGAGGCUGCAGACCAGUUCUGCAUCACAGGGAUAGUGCAGGCCUGUUGCGAAUUCCUGGAGUCGCAACUGUGUCUGGAGAACUGCAUAGGCAUCUGCAAGUUUGCCGACUUCUACUCCUGUGACGAACUGCGCAGCAAGGCAUUCCUCUUCACCCUUCAUCACUUUGAAGACAUCGCCAAAGUGUCUGAGGAGUUUCUGGAGCUGUCGCUGGUGCAACUCUGUGACCUCAUCGAGAAAGACAACCUCAAUGCCAAGCAGGAGGACCAAGUGUACCAGGCCAUUCUUCGAUGGGUCUCUCAUGAUCUCUCAAAUCGCAAGCACUCCCUCCCCGUGCUCCUACCAAAGGUGCGUAUGGCUUUGAUGACCCCUGAAAACUUCCUAGACAGCAUCAGGAAUCACCCUCUUGUAAAGGAAAGUUUAGAGUGCAAAACCAUUGUCCUCAACGGCUUGAAGGCCUUGUAUGAGCUCAACAUGCAUGGUCCCUCCAACAUGUACUUUGGUAACCCCAUGUCCCGCCCUCGCCUUCCCCACAACAUCCUAUUGGCCAUCGGGGGCUGGAGUGGUGGCAGUCCAACCAAUGUGAUUGAGGCAUAUGACACAAAGGCUGACCGCUGGGUAAAGGUGGCCCAAAAUGAUACCUCACGGGCUUACCAUGGCGCCGUGUACCUCGAUGGCUUUGUCUACUGCAUCGGUGGCUUUGAUAGUGUGGACUACUUCAACGACGUACGCAAGUUCAACCCCAUCACUCGCACCUGGCACCAGGUGGCACCCAUGCACUCACGGCGAUGCUACGUCAGUGUGGCGGUGCUGGAUGGCUACAUUUACGCCAUGGGUGGCUUUGAUGGCUGUUUGCGAAUCAACUCUGUCGAGCGCUAUGACCCUGAGACCAACCAAUGGACUCUUAUAGCACCAAUGCAUAUGAGGAGAAGUGACGCCAGCGCUGCCACACUCAAUGGACAGGUCUACAUUUGUGGAGGCUUCAACGGGGAAGAGUGCCUAUUCAAUGCAGAGAGCUACUGCCCCAACACCAACCAAUGGACCCUGAUUAAACCCAUGACCUGCCGACGGAGUGGGGUUGGGAUUGCUGUUUACCACAAUCAGCUCUAUGCAGUUGGAGGUUUUAACGGUGCAAACCGUCUCAAGACUGCAGAGGUGUACAACCCACUUAUCAACAGUUGGCGUACCUUGCCUUCCAUGUUCAACCCUCGUAGCAACUUUGGCAUUGAGGUGGUAGACAACAUGCUCUAUGUUGUGGGAGGAUUCAACGGCUUCAACACCACCUUCAACGUGGAAUGUUACAACGAUAAGACGGAUGAGUGGUAUGAUGCCCAAGACAUGGCUAUCCUUCGGAGUGCCCUCAGCUGCUGUGUGGUGCCUGGCCUGCCCAAUGUAACAGAUUACAUAGUCCCACGUGACAGUCCUCUGGCCUGUGGUGAAGCAGGGAGCACACCUGCUUCUGGGCACGUGUGACUGAUCCUCCAGAAUGACCCUGCCAGAUGCCUACUGACCUUCAGAAAAUUCAACAACAAAAAACGUAAACAAAAAAACUUUACAUA